UACGGAUGUCUUUCGGCUGCAAAGGCAUGAACACUGGGGCAUAAAUAAAAGGGCUAUAUGCACAAGCAACGGAGGAUGGGUGAUAUCGACAGUACAGUUGUAUUUGUACACGCAGGGAAGUGAACGUAACGUGGACUACGUCCGGCUGGGAAGGAUACCGUUCACCUAACAAACACCUAUUCCGUUCCGUACUCAAACUCAAGAUGAUAAAAGUGACCCAUAGUUUUGGCUCAAAGUCACAGCGACCAAAAUUUCUUACUCCUUCAAACGACUUCUUCUGACGAACCCUAACUACCGCUAGUUAUGAGACUGGAUACCUUAGUUGUCCCGACUCCAUCAAAAACGGCUUCAUGUUUGAGAGACAACCCCUUUGCCUCCCAGAUGAUGCAUCUCCUCCGGGAAACAAUUUCCUCCUAUACGCAGGACCGGAAACUAGCCAUGGAGAAUCAGAAAUUGAUUCGCCGCAUUGGCAAACGGGGCCGGGGCCGCUGCCAAUUCAACAACCCUGGCGGCAUAUGCGUUACAAAAUCAGGCGAUAUCGUCAUAGCUGAUACUGACAAUCACCGGAUACAGGUUUUCACAAGUGAAGGAAUCUUUAAAUCAAAUUUCGGGACCCGCGGAUGCAAAGUGGACCAGAUCAAUUUUCCUAUGUGUGUUGCCAUGACAACAGACGGACAUGUGGCCUUAACAGACAGUGUAAACGCAUGCGUGAAGAUAUUUUCUCUCCAGGGUCAGCUAGUGCAGAUGAUUGGGGACAACGAGAUUUUCGAUAUCCCGUAUGGCCUUGAUAUUUCUAAGGAUGGCGACCUCGCCGUUACAGACAUCUGUAAACACUGUGUGACGGUAUUCCGGAAGGAUGGAUCCGUCAUUCACGGGUUUGGAGAGUACGGAAAUGAUCACUAUGAGUUCGAUUAUCCGUAUUUCGUGUGCUUCGACAAAGACAAACACAUCAUCGUAUCUGAUUCCGGGAACAGCUGCAUCAAAAUAUUCUCGUUCGAAGGAAGAGGUUUAAGAACUUUUAAACAAAAUGAUUUUAAACUCAUGAAUGAAAGUUUUGUGUCAUUACAGGGAAUGUGUGUGGACGCGGAUGGAAACAUCCUUGUGAUAUGUAAUUCGACUGUGUAUCUGCUAGCGCGGAACGGGCGGUUAUGGGAGGUCCUGACGUCAAAGGACGGGCUGACCAAUCCUAGGUGUUUGGCGUUUGCAGCCCCCGGACGAUUAGUCCUGACAAACUACGACACGGAUAAAAAGCACGAGAUUUGCAUCUAUAAAUACCACUAUGAUGAUUACAAGUCGGUCAACUCAGUGCAGUUCUAUGCAAUUAAUGUUUGAAGAAUAUUUUUCUCAUUGUGUUCUUACCAUGGUUACGGGAGAGAGAGAGCCAGUGUGUUGGCGAAUGUCUUCCAAUGACGCGCGGUAUCACUGGCCCCUAUACCGGAAGUGCAUGCUGGUAAAGUCAUCCACGGGAUAUCAAAGGAUCAAUUUAAGUUAUAUGGACAUAAUCACAAUGAUGUUCUAAAUAAACUGUACUGAUCCUUGUUGUGUCAAUUUGCAUGAGUGUGCAACUUUGGUGCAAAGUUAUAUGUUUUGUAUCUCACAAUCUACUGCUAAAACAGUUUUUGCCAUUUCAUGUGCACAGAAGUGAUGCUUUCAUUGAAGCAGGUAGAACCAAUGUUGCUUUUUAACUUUGUAAUACGAUGGACAAGCGCAUCCAUGACAGAUUUACUUCCGGUAUACGGCCCAGUGAAAUUAUCGCUGUUCGUUUUACCCCAAUUUAAAAAUGGACUCAAUAACUCUACCGAUCAGACAAGUCCACUUUUAAUAAUAGGGGGUUAGAAUGGUUAUGUCAAUCAAACAAAAACACAUUUGAUACACUUGGACUUACGACACAUGUGCACGCGCUUUUGAACGGGAGUGGUACGCCGUGGCUUACUAUGCAUUCAGUGAUACAAUGCAUGUAGCUAGUAAUUUGCAUGUAGCUAGAAAGGUAGUCGAGGGCGUGAGUGUGCGAAUGUUUGGUGAGCAUUUCAAUCGAUAAGCUAAAUAUCUAUCUGUUCAUACUAAGAUAUUUCACCAUAAAUAAGAUACAAAGUUACCAUACCAUUACAAGGUAUUCUUUGAGCGGUCAAUAUUUCAUUCAAACCACCAUAAAACUCUAGUUGAUAAGAACCCGUACCCUCCCCUUAUUAUUUACAAUACAUCGAACCCUUAUUCUGAUGAAACAUAAUAGACUCGUUCUGUUUCUUGCUAACUUUUUUAUCAUUCCUGAUUAUUUAUUUAAUAUACAAUAUGCAAUACUGUGUUACUUAUUCCUAAAAUUAAAAAACCCCAACGAAAAUAGCCUAUCUUAAAGAACAACGUUUGAUAUGAAAUUCCUUCAUAAACAUUACGAUUAUUUAUUUUUUCAUUUAAAGUAACAAAAAAUACUUUUUUAGAACAGCAAUCUUUACAUAAUACUAUCCCAAUUAUUUUACGGAACGAACGUUCAUCUUCAAGGACACAAUGGACAAAACACCCAUCUACAAGGUCCAUACUCAUCUCUCCAAACAAACACACAAUGGACCAGACAUUCAUUUUCAAGGUCCAUAUUCUACUCUCCAAAGAAACACACAAUGGACCAGACAUUCAUCUUCAAGAUCCAUAUUCUACUCUCCAAACAAACACACAAUAUACCAGACAUUCAUACUCAUCUUUCCAAACAAACACAUAAUGGACCAGACAUUCAUCUACAAGGUCCAUAUUUUACUCUUCGACAAACACACAAUGGACCAGGCAUUCAUCUACAAGGUCCAUACUCUACUCUCCAAACAAACACACAAUAAACCAGACAUUCAUCUACCAAGUCCCUAUUCAACUCUCCAAACAAACAAACAAUGAACCAGACAUUCAUCUACAAGGCCCAUAUUUUACUCUCCAAACAAACAGGCAAUGGACCAGACAUUCAUCUUCAAGGUCCAUAAUCUUCUCUCCAAACAAACGCACAAUGGACCAGACAUUCAUCUAUAAAGUCCCUAUUCAACUCUCCAAACAAACAAACAAUGAACCAGACUUUCAUCUACAAGGCCCAUAUUUUACUCUCCAAACAAACAGGCAAUGGACCAGACAUUCAUCUUCAAGGUCCAAAUUCUACUCUCCAAACAGACACAAAAUGGACCAGACAUGCAUCUACCAAGUCCCUAUUCAACUCUCCAAACAAACAAACAAUGAACCAGACAUUCAUCUACAAGGCCCAUAUUUUACUCUCCAAACAAACAGGCAAUGGACCAGACAUUCAUGUUCAAGGUCAAUAAUCUUCUCUCCAAACAAACGCACAAUGUACCAGACAUUCAUCUACCAAGUCCCUAUUCAACUCUCCAAACAAACAAACAACGAACCAGACAUUCAUCUACAAGGCCCAUAUUCUACUCUCCAAACAAACACACAAUGGACCAGACAUUCAUCAAAAAGGCCCAUAUUCUACUCUCCAAACAAACACACAAUGGACCAGACCUUCAUCUACAAGGCCCAUAUUCUACUCUCCAAACAAACACACAAUGGGCUAAACAUUCUUCUACAAUGUCCCUAUGACAAACACGUGACUCUAUUUAACAUCACUUAACGUACAUAUUUAGUGGUUAAUAUCUAGCUGUUAUCUAUAUAUAUCUCUAGUGCUAUAUCAUGUUUUAUCGAACUUCGAAAUUGUCACCGUGCCUCGAAAAUAUUCUUUCGCCAAUAUAAAUCACUUGAUUAACACUUACAAAUAUGGACCGAAUUGAUGACAGAUGAUUUUAAUUAUAACUAUAUUUAAUGAAAUCUAGUAAUGAAAUAAAAAGAACACGUUUCAGUGCAAUUCUAGUCUACAAAGGUUAUCACACGAACGCGAAAGAGUAAUUACUGAAGAAACAAAAUGUGAGAAUGUGAACCUAUAGAAUUACUCCAUUCCACCACGCUGUUGUUUUGUCUUACGAAUUGUCGGGGAAUAAAAAAACCAGUUCUCAAUGGCACAAACAAUAACGUAUGAUAACUGUGCGAACGAAGGAAGUCGAAAAGUAUCGAUUGACGGGCUUUUUGUACUCCAUGACGUCAAUGUGUAGGCGUAAAAGGCUCUGCCAAUCAGCAUUGCUGUAUCAACGUAGUGUUCGGUUUCAAAUCAGAUCAAGACAAGCAGCGUGGGCGAGACUUUAUGGUAAUAGGACUGUAGUGUUCUCCGAUGAAACAUUAUCUAUACCCUCUGUUUACAGUUAUAACGAAUGUUUGGAUAAAUUCAAAAUUUUAUCGUGAAAUAAUCCUCCAGAGAUUUUGAGCGAUAAAGUAUUUGUUAUCUAUCUUUAAUAACACUUUUGUACACCAGUAGUGGUAGGGAGUUUUGCCUUCGAAGCUUGUGUCAUGUGUAACCUCGAUCAAUACAAGCGUUCGUUCUAAGCAAAUGGAGAACCCGUAGUCACAAUUUUCUAUUUGUGAUCGAAAUGUAUUUCCUUAUCGAUCGAUCUAUGCAAUAAAGAAACACAGCAUAUGUCACAUAAACAAAUCCACAGAUAAAUAAUAAUGAACCAUCCGAUGAAUUAUUUACAAGCUUUAUUAGUACACUGUUUCCAGUCGUCAGUCAUGUGUGACAGGUCACAACAAUGACACGGCUUAUCCCUGACCAACCAACAGCACCUCAACUAGUACCUCUACAGUAACUAACGCCACCUCCUUCACUAGAACUACAAUCUACCUCUGUCACAACAAACACCAUCUCCAUCAUCAACAACCAAUACAACUUCCGUCACCACAACAACCAACACUACUUCUGUCACCACAACAACCAACACUACUUCUGUCACCACAGCAACCAACACUACUUCUGUCACCACAGCAACCAACACUACUUCUGUCACCACAGCAACCAACACUACUUCUGUCACCACAGCAACUAACCCCACUUCUGUCACCACAGCAACCGACACCAAUUUUGUCCCCACAGCAGCCAACCCACCUCCGUUACCACAAUAACCAACACCAUAUCCUGUCCCCACAACCGCCACCGCCCCUUCUGGCAUCAUUGUUACAAACAUCACCUGCAUCCACCAAUAAACUAUUCCACUUCCGUCAUCACAGUACAAAAUAUCUGUUACCACAGAAACAAGCAAUGCAUUUAUAACUACAGAAACCAACACCACCUUUGUAACUACAGAAACCAACAACGCAUUUGUAACUACAGAAACCAACACCACCUUUGUAACUACAGAAAUCAACAAUGCAUUUAUAACUACAGAAACCAACACCACCUUUGUAACUACAGAAAUCAACAACGCAUUUAUAACUACAGAAACCACCACCUUUGUAACUACAGAAAUCAACAACGCAUUUGUAACUACAGAAACCAACACCACCUUUGUAACUACAGAAAUCAACAACGCAUUUAUGACUACAGAAACCACCACCUUUGUAACUACAGAAAUCAUCAACGCAUUUGUAACUACAGAAACAACACCACCUAUGUAACUACAGAAAUCAACAAUGCAUUUAUAACUACAGAAACCAACACCCCCUUUGUAACUACAGAAAUCAACAACGCAUUUAUAACUACAGAAACCACCACAGUUGUAACUACAGAAAUCAACAACGCAUUUGUAACUACAGAAACAACACCACCUAUGUAACUACAGAAAUCAACAAUGCAUUUAUAACUACAGAAACCAACACCCCCUUUGUAACUACAGAAAUCAACAACGCAUUUGUAACUACAGAAACCAACACCACCUUUAUAACUACAGAAACCAACAAUACAUUUGUACCUCCAGAAACCAACAAUACAUUUGUACCUAAAGAAACCAACAAUACAUUUGUACCUACAGAAACCACCAAUACAUUUGUACCUACAGAAACCAACAAUACAUAUGUAACUUCAGAAACAAACACCACCUUUAUAACUA